GGUAUAAAUAUGGGUGAGAAUCAUUUAGGCAAGUGAGAAGAGGACUGCAUCCUCUAUCCAUUCUCCGAUCCUCCAUCUCCACCCCGCCAUCGCCAUGGAUGUCCAUAUGGAGAGGCCGAGGAGGUCAGUGCCACAAUUUGGGGGAUGGGACCAGAAAGGGGGAGGAGGUGGAAGCGGCGGAGGCGAGGAGGGUACAAAUUACACAGUGGUUUUCACGCAAGCCAGAGCCGACAGAAAACAACACAAGACCGAGUUACCCACUGCCCCUCCCCUUCAUAAUACCACCAACAGCGCCUUCGCAAUCCCGCCUCCCCACCAGAGCGCCUUUGCAAUCCCGCCCCCACACCAGAGCGCCUUCGCCAUCCCGCCCCCACACCAGAGCGCCUUCUCAAAUCCGCCCCCACACCAUAAACAACAACUUCAUCUUCAUCACCAUCAUCAUCAAAACACCACUGUAACCAUUAAUGAUGCUUCUGUUAAGAGGAAAAAGGGGGUUCUUUCCUGCUUUAGCUGUUUUAGUGGUUGAUUAAUGUAAUGUACAUGGUUUCAAAAAAAAAAAUGUAAUGUACAUCCCAACCUGGAAGAUGAAUAACAUCCAUGUUGUAUAUCAUCAAUAUCUAUCUAUAUCUUCCUAUUUAUAAUUUGCAUUAAUUUAACACUUUCACAGUCUAUAUGACAUGAUCAGAGAUGUCCAAAAUGCUUUGUAACCGGUAGAGAUCAGACCCAGAUGUAUGCAUGUUUCAUAUGUUUUUAUAACAUGAAAUUGCAUCAUCUUUUAUCUUUA